GUAACACGGCUCGCUGGGAGUUUAGCCUUAUUCUGGAAGUGGGCGAUCAAGAAUUCCUUGCAGAGGCCUCAGCAGUUGUCUUCUUAGCCUUGCUGUCACCAGCAUGGACUUUGGUCAAAGUCAAAGCCUUAAAGAAUGCGCAGGAGACGGAAGCUUGGAUGGAUCAGUUGAUCCUGGUGAGUCGGAUGGACAAACUCACUGCCAAAGCACCUCGGAUGGUCCCGUGGCACAGCUUGGUGUCGGCCAGUCGCGCGGGUGAGGAGGACUUGGAGCCGGAUGCAGUGCCGGAGGCAGUGCCAGAGGCAUAUUCGCGAGGUGAAUUGGCAGAUCUCCAAUUGGCCAGCUCGCUGCUGAGCAUCGACUUCAGCCCCUGGCAACAGAAAUAUGCGGUGCAGAUGGACAGCGCUACGGCAGCAGGAGCCGAGGCAGUGGAGGACGACAAGGGCGCGGUGAUCGCGGAGAUUCUCAAGGCGACGGUGGCGGUGAUGUGGGGGGCUGUUCGUGUUUGGAAAUGCAACGGAUCCCAGGCGUGGCCAUCACGGCCGUCGCUGCCGGCCACGGAGCAGUUCAUCCGCUUCUCGCCCUUGAAGACGCUCCCAGCGCGGCUCAGCCUUUCGGGGCUUGGCUUCCAGAGAGUUCUGGCCUGGUCCACCCUCCCACGGAGUACCAUCAGCUUGCCACCGGGACUGAUGGACUUCAACCUCAGCAUCACAUUGCACGACUUCUUCCUGGGUGUUCCGGUGUCGACCUCUUCAGUGGUUGACCGCAAGCUCUGGACCGUCUUCGAGCCCUUGGCGGAAGCCAACGUGGCAUCCUGCGCCAAGAGUUGCGAGGAGAACUUGGAUUGUUUGACCUCCUUUCCAGGAUAUCAUGGAUGCUUCCCGGCAGCAUGUUUGGAUAGGUUUGAGGCUUACAACAACCAGAGCCACCACGAAGCAACUGCUGCCUCCAGUGGUAUAGCCUUGGCGGCCGGGAAUCGCACGCUGCGGGGGCAGCUGGCAGGGUGCAGGAUCCCAGCGCGGAAUCGCAUCGUCGACUUCGGCGUGGUGCUCCCCGACUGGCUCGGGGCACCCCAAGUGAUGGAUGAUGAGAUCCAAAAUCACGUGCGAUCGUUGAGAAACCCAGAAGCCAGUGAUCGUGAAAAGAAGGAGGCUGCGAACAGUUUGGCAAACUUGGCAGUGAAUGACCAGAACAAGGCAGCCAUCGCAGCUGCUGGUGGCAUUCCUCCGCUGGUAGCGCUUGUCACAAGUGGCAGCGAUUCUGCCAAGGAACAGGCUGCACGUGCUUUGGAAAACUUGGCACCGAAUGACCAGAACAUGGCAGCCAUCGCAGCUGCUGGUGGCAUUCCUCCGCUGGUAGCGCUUGUCACAAGUGGCAGCGAUUCUGCCAAGGAACAGGCUGCACGUGCUUUGGCAAACUUGGCACUGAAUGACCAGAACAAGGCAGCCAUCGCAGCUGCUGGUGGCAUUCCUCCGCUGGUAGCGCUUGUCACAAGUGGCAGCGAUUCUGCCAAGGAACAUGCUGCAGGUGCUUUGCGAAACUUGGCAAUGAAUGACCAGAACAAGGCAGCCAUCGCAGCUGCUGGUGGCAUUCCUCCGCUGGUAGCGCUUGUCACAAGUGGCAGCGAUUCUGCCAAGGAACAGGCUGCAGGUGCUUUGCGAAACUUGGCAAUGAAUGACCAGAACAAGGCAGCCAUCGCAGCUGCUGGUGGCAUUCCUCCGCUGGUAGCACUGGUCACAAGUGGCAGCGAUUCCGCCAAGGCACAGGCUGCAUGUGCUUUGGAAAACUUGGCACCGAAUGACCAGAACAUGGCAGCCAUCGCAGCUGCUGGUGCAGCCAUCGCAGCUGCUGGUGGCAUUCCUCCGCUGGUAGCGCUUGUCACAAGUGGCAGCGAUUCUGCCAAGGAACAGGCUGCACGUGCUUUGAUAAACUUGGCACUGAAUGACCAGAACAUGGCAGCCAUCGCAGCUGCUGGUGGCAUUCCUCCGCUGGUAGCGCUUGUCACAAGUGGCAGCGAUUCUGCCAAGGAACAGGCUGCACGUGCUUUGAUAAACUUGGCACUGAAUGACCAGAACAAGGCAGCCAUCGCAGCUGCUGGUGGCAUUCCUCCGCUGGUAGCGCUUGUCACAAGUGGCAGCGAUUCUGCCAAGGAACAGGCUGCACGUGCUUUGGAAAACUUGGCACUGAAUGACCAGAACAAGGCAGCCAUCGCAGCUGCUGGUGGCAUUCCUCCGCUGGUAGCGCUUGUCACAAGUGGCAGCGAUUCUGCCAAGGAACAUGCUGCAGGUGCUUUGCGAAACUUGGCGGCAAUGAAUAUCCAGAACAAGGCAGCCAUCGCAGCUGCUGGUGGCAUUCCUCCGCUGGUAGCGCUUGUCACAAGUGGCAGCGAUUCUGCCAAGGAACCGGCUGCAGGUGCUUUGCGAAACUUGGCAAUGAAUGACCAGAACAGGCAGCCAUCGCAGCUGCUGGUGGCAUUCCUCCGCUGGUAG